AUGGCCUGCCAAGUGUCCCAGGACAGGCGGGCGAGGCCUGCCACAUGUCCUGGGAUGGGCGUGGGGUGCCCGCCAUGUGUCCCGGGACGGGCGGGCAAGGCCGGCCACGUGCCCCAGGACGGGCGGGCUAGGCCGCCACAUGUCCCGGGACGGGCGGGCGAGGCCCACCACGUGUCCUGGGACGUGCGUGCAAGGCCCGCCAGGUGUCCCGGGAUGGGCGGGUGUGGCCCGCCACAUGUCCCGGGAUGGGCGGACGAGGCCCACCAUAUGUCCUGGGAGAGGCGGGUGGGGCCCGCCACGUAUCCUGGGACAGGGGGACGUGGCCCGCCACGUGUCCCAGGACGGGCGGGCGAGGUCCGCCACGUGUCCCGGGACGGGCGGGCGUGGCCCGUCACGUGUCCCAGGACGUUUGAGAUGGCAUUUGUCCAAAACGUCACAGGGGUAGCACGUGCUACGAUGGUGGACAAAGGACGUUCAGUAGAGAAGCUAUAA